AUGGAGAAUGAACCGGACAAGCUAGCUGUGUCGACAGCGAUCCUUGCAGCUGUCUCUGCUUCUUCAUUAGCUUCCAAUACCCAGCCAAAUGCAGAUGAAUCCAGCGAGCCGAAGCGCGAAUUUGGAACUGUAGCUUACGAACGCGUAUUACCAGAAGGAGAUUGCCACUGUGUUGAGAGAACUGUAAAAAAGCUGCAGUCUCUUGAUAACUUCGUCCACCUCUGGGUACGCGACGCGCGAACUUUUCGUCAUGGAAUCGAGAGCUCAGUUCCGUAUUUCUCGCUACGUGUAUCAGCCUCCAUCCCCGUAAACGAACUGCGGAAUCUUGUACAGAAGCAGUUUACUCUUCUGUCUUCUUAUCGCAAGGAAGUGGAUGGAGAACUCCAACUCUGCUUUGAUGACCAAACGCUGGACGACGAGGAAACAUUUUCUGCAUACCUUCCUACCACCAUCUCUGCCGAGAAACCAGGGACCAACAACUCCACAAAAUAUCGACAACCUUCGUGGCCUAGACCCCAUACGGAACUUAACAGCUCGUACACAGGGAUUCUAUGGGUAUUACCAUGGCGACCAUCUCGUAAAAAGCCGCUGCAAUGGGGAGACGGUGGAGACCCGAAAUUCAAGACGGGACAAGAUCAAACUCUACAGUAA